AUGACGACGCCCGUCCAAAAAUCCGCGCUCGACGCCAUCCGGCUCUUCCGCACAAAGGAAAUCGCAGGGCUCUACAAACACCUCCGCAAAUUCGGGCCUCUCCCCGAACCCCCCGCCUCCACCACCACCUCCAGCACCGCAGAAAACGCUAUCAGUCUCCCGAACCCCUUCCUCCCUAAAAAGCACCCGCACGCGCGUAAAUGGCUCGGCGCGAAGUACUCGUUGCGGCGCCAGGCGGAGCUGGUGAAGAAGGCGCAGGUCAGCGGGACGCUGGACCUGCUCCCACCCGGACCGAAGAAGUUCGCGGCGGAGCUCCGCGCGGAGAGGGUGAGAGCUGCGAUGCCGCUCGCACAGCGGGAGCUGGAGGAGAAGAUGUCGAAGCUCGCUGUAUCGCACGUGGACGCCGCUGCUGAGCUGAAGAAGGAGAAGGCAGCGCUCGAGGCGAAGGUUGCUGCGCUGCGCGUCUCGCUGGCGGGGAUGAAGGAGAGCCUGGUGGGUGUCACCGCCGAAUACGACGCAGGCCAGCUCGCUUCCUUCGAAGCUGAAUCCGCCUCUGACAACAUAUCACCCGCCGACGUCGCCCAACGGCGCGCUGCACACCGCCAAGUCAGCAAAACCAAACGCGCCCUCGAGAAGCGGAUCAAAAAGACACAGGAGGCAGUGUCCAGCGCGAAGAAGCGGAUCGGGGAGAUUGGGCUGCAGGCGAAGGUCGAGGAGAAUACGGCGUGGAAGGUGCCGGUGCUCUGGGCGGGCACGGGGGCGGGUAAGGGGAGAGGGGGCAAGACGACGCCGGGCGCGGAGCUUGGUACGCGGUUGUAUUCGGGUAAGAAGAGGAUGUUCAAGGGCCAUCUUUGGGAGCGCAAGGCGGCUGGACGGGCGAGGAGGCAUGCUAUCCUCAUGCGCGAUAUGCCGGCGCGUAUCGAGAGGUACAAGAGUUAUUACAAGAAGAGAAAGCCGAAUCCACUCAGACCCUCUCGAUACACCAAACCACCCAAACUGCCGUUCUAG